UAAUUACAACACAAAUGAUAUUCUAAUAUAACAAAAACAUUAAUUAGUGCUAUAUAGCACGAUUCUUAGCCAAUUAGUGCGUACGUUAUAUCCAAGCUACUUAUAAUGUAUUUGAUAUUCAGUGAGAACUAGUAAUUUAAUCAAUUUACUAAAUGAACAAAAGUUGCCUUGGCAUCAUUCCCUUCUAUUUCGAAUAAUUGUAUAUUACAUUUCAGGUUCAGUCCACAAUCRAUAACAACGUUCCAGAUCAUUGUAGGGUGUUUGCCUUGAGCGAUCCAAAGAAAACGCAUUUCGAUAAGAAAUGUAAGCACAAGCACGAUCAUUUUUGUCAAAGAUGUGAAACUUUGAAACAGGUUCUUGACUUCAUUUUGUCAGAAGCCAAGWCUAUGAAUCUUCCCACUGAUAUCAGAGACGAUGCCAUAUUUACUGCUCAAACUGCGUACGACAACAUACUUGCGUGGAAGUCACACCAGCUAAGAAUGGUCCACCAAGAUGAUGCCCKGGUAGACAUAAUGGACAAUCUUGAUGAUGAUUCUSUUCUGAUUUUCCAAGAUUUCGCCAUGAAAUUCCUUCCGAGGCAGUUCAGAGAAGCACAGACCGAAUUUUUUGGCAAGCGCGGGAUGUCCUGGCAUAUAACCGUAUGUAUGACGAAAGUGAAUGGUGAGCUAUUAGCACAGACCUUUGUGCACCUGAUUGAGUCCAGAGCACAAGAUAGCAAAACUAUUGUAACGUUAAUGGAACACGUACUACAAGUCCUAAAGAAGGAAAACCCUGCACUUCAACAUGUGUUUUACCGCCAAGACAACGCAGGUUGUUACCAUAGUGUACUUACCGUGUUGGCCUGCAAGGUUUUACGAGAGCGAACAGGUCUAGAUUUGAAACAGCUUGAUUUCUGUGAUCCCCAGGGAGGGAAGGGUCCCUGUGACAGGAAAGGGUCACAGAUAAAGUAUCACAUCAACACUUACAUCAACGAGGGCCACUCUGUCACCACACCCACAGAGAUGAAAACAGCGAUAUUAUCCCAUGGAGGAAUACCAGGGGUUCGCGCAGCAUUGGUUAARUCACCAUCCAAGUCUAAAUUAAUUGCUUUUGAAGAUUUGAAAUUAGAAGGGAUCAGCACACUUUUCAACUUCGUCUUCACAAAGAACGGUGUGAAAGCUUUCAAAGCGUACCAAGUCGGAAAGGGAAAGUMUUGGAAGUGGUCAGAUUUUGAAGCCAUAGAUGAGAUCAAAAAGCUUCCGUGGAUUUUAUGUGACCAGAUAAGCCAAGGGGAAUUCAUCCCAGUUAAAAGCAGAAGUAAGCCUAAAACUACACGUAGAACUGAUCCUCAUCCUGAUCCUGUCCUUGCCGAGGAAAAUGACCAUACCGAAGAGACAACAGAGACCAGCAGCUUAUUCGCUUGUACAGAGGAUGGUUGUGUUAAGUCAUACAUAACGUACAACAGGCUCCAGCAACACCUAACAUUUGGUAAACAUGAGUACAAACUAGAGAAGCGAUGCUUAAUUGACAAAGCCAAGAUUGGUUACGCUGAACGAUUAGAAACAGGCGCAGAAGGGAGCGUCACAUUGCCACACAGCACCUCAACUGAUGUAGACAGCAUCUCAACUGAUGUAGGCUACAAACCGGUGACAGAAGGAUGGGCUUUCCAUGAAGCUGGUCGUACACGGAAGCGCUUCACCGAGAAACAAAAAGAUUACAUGAAAAAGAAGUUUUUUGAAGGAGAACAAACAGGGUGUAAGCGCACCGGAGAUGUGGCUAAAGAGACUUUUGAAAAAUGAGAGUGGGGAGCGUGUUUUUACAGUAGGUGAGUUUCUACGGCCACAGCAGAUACAGUCCUUUUUUUCCCGCCUUUCAGCAAUAGUGAAAGAUGUAUCUUUAUCUGACGAGGAAGCUGAUCAACAUAGACAACGUGAAAGAGCUCUUGGCCAUGAGGCACUCGCUGCUACAAACACAACACUCCGUCAACAUCCAAUGCGUUACUCUGGGAAAAAAUAUCUGCAAGAUGACCAAGAAUAAA